AAUAGAUGUUUCAGUAAAGAAAAAAUUGUAUAUAAACAGAGAAGUAAGUGUGAUAAAAUACUCACAAGUCGAACGGGGUGCAACAGAGCAACUCAAUAAAACUAAAAAUGAAAUUCUUCGCUGCCGCCGCUUUCAUCGCCACCUUGGCCUUCGUAUCCGCUGAUGUCUCAGAGUUGGGCUAUGGUUAUCAACAACCCGCUGCUAGCGCACCAUCAAACCAAUACAUUCCACCUGCAGCUAAUGCUCCCGAGCCAGCUUACGCUCCAGCUCCAGCUCCAGCUCCAGCGCCAGUGUACCAACCUGCGCCAUCCGCCCCAGUCUCAUCAUACAUUCCUCCCGCCGCCAACGCUCCUGAACCAGCUUACGCUCCAGCUCCUGCUCCCGCCUAUGCACCACAGCCCGCUGCCUCUGAGGUCUAUGAGCAACCCGCUCAAGAUGGUUACAGAUACCGUACAGUCCGUCGUCGUGUUUACAAACAACGUCGUUUCUAAGCUAGAACUAAGGAAUAUUCCAAAAUAAAUUGUUAAUUAACCCGAAA